AUGGCACAGUCUCAAGAACGCUUCGAUUCUGCAUUCGAAUGGAAGGAGGAAGAGAAGCUCAAGUUUGCCAAUCACUCACCUCAGUGGGAGUGGCUUGAAAGAAACAGCAAUAGUGGGUACCAUCCUGUCACAAUCGGCGACACCUUCAGUAACGGGCGCUAUUCUGUGGUGCACAAACUUGGUAAAGGUUCCAACGGGACUGUUUGGCUCGUUCGCGAUGCUCAAGUUGAUCGUCUGAUGGCGCUGAAGAUCCUCACAGGGAGCAGCACUUUCCGGAACCGAGAACGCGGUGUUUACGAGUUCAUGUACGACCAAAAUGAGGUAAACCCGUGCUUCACAAAUUUCUUGUUACCUCAGCAUUCUUUUCUAAUUCAGGGACCGAACGGAUUCCAUUUCUGUCUGGUCUUCAGGCUCAUGGGCCCAACACUUCGUCAGUUCAAUGCGUCGAACCACAUGCUCAAUCCAGAAAUGCAUCAAGCACUCACAAAACCACUCAUUGAAGGUUUGUUGCAUUUGCAUAAGCUUGGAGUCUGCGCCGCUGAUAUCAGUCCCGGCAAUGUCAUUUUCGGAAUCGUCGAAAUCGCUUCAUGGUCAGAUGAACAGGUUUAUGCAACCUUCGGCGCGCCUGUUGGCACCGAGGUGGAACCUUUGCUUCUCCGACGCGAAACUCGCUCACCAGAUUCCGUAGCCUAUAUUCUGAAGCACGCCCCGAAGUUGGUCUAUGAAAGCAUCGACUUCUUUAAGGCUCCCGGGAUCGCUAAGUUCUUGAAACCAGAGUUGGAAUUCAUCGACCUGGGCGAAGGGUUCCUCAUCAAUCGUCCACCCCUUUUCAAGAAGCUGCGCGUCAACAAUGCUUCUCCAGGCCCCGAGGUGAAUUUCGAAGCACGCCCUACUGUUGCGGUUGAUACAUUCGGGCUUGCAAGCGUGAUUUUCGCGUUGAGAACUGGCAAACCUCUUUUCAAGACCCCGAUCGGCGGCGCACAGUAUGUGGCUGCAAAUAUUCGAGAAACUCUAGGGCCAUUUCCAGAAGAGUGGGUAGCUUUAAUGAAUAACAGAUUGGAAGCGUGGAAUCGCGCCAAGGGACCCUCUAAAUUGGAACCUUCGCGCGCGGAAAGAGUCAAGGCAAUUUACCGCAAAGAAUCUCUGGCGCAACAAGUUGCUGCAGUUGGCAAAGUCAAGGGCUGGUUAUCCGCCACACCUAUCGGUUCGGUCGAGUCCGAGGUUUUCCAAGAUCUGCUGAGGAACAUGAUGAAACACAAGCCUGCAGAUCGCAUUGGUAUGGAGGAAGUUUUUUCCCACCCAUGGGUGAACUCGAAGGUCGUAUCGUCAUAUCCCGAGUGGCUUGUGUGCCUCCCUGCAAGUGACUUGGGUUAUCGAUGGGAGUUGGACAGAAGCCUUGACAAGGACUACGUGCCAAACCCUGACCCGUGCCGCGACUUCGACCACUACUACCUGCCAAGUGCCUAG